UCAAGAUUCUAUCAUAAGCCUGAUACUCAUGGAGUCAAAUUAUUUAAGAAUCGCGACUGAUUGAUAUCAGAUAAGACUAUUAUCUCAAAUCUCGAUCUGCUCAACUUCCAAGAGGUCAACAAGACCAAGGAUUGUAGACAAGAUCCGUCUAGCAAAUUCCAUCAUUUUUAUAGGUGCGAGCAAAAAAAAAAGAAAGGUACAUUGUUAGAUCUUGUCAUGAGCACCAACAGUAAGACACUUGAAGCUAUUAAAUACACUCGAGGCAACUUGAGUAUCCUCAACCAACUUGUAUUGCCUCACGAAACUCUUUUUGAAACUGUUUUGAACGUUCAAAAUGGUCAUGCAGCCAUCAAGACCAUGAAAACCCGUGGUGCUCCUGCAAUUGCUAUUGUGGCUGCUUUAUCCCUUGCUGUGGAUGUACACACUCGUUCUGAAAAUGGUGAAUUUAAGACUGUGGACGAAGUAGUUCAAUUCUUGCACGAAUCCCUUGAGUAUCUCAAGACAUCUCGUCCUACAGCUGUAAACUUAUUUGAUGCUGCUGCUAAAUUAGAAAACUUGAUUCAACAAACAGCCCAAUCAACUCAAGAUCCUCAAGUCGUUGUGAAUGCUUAUAUUGAAGCUGCUGAACAAAUGUUGGUAGACGAUGUGAAGGAUAACAAGAACAUUGGUCAAUUUGGCGCUGAUUAUAUUGUCCAAAACGUCAAGGAUAAAGAGAACAUUAGUGUCUUGACACACUGUAACACAGGUUCUUUGGCUACUGCUGGAUGGGGUACUGCUUUAGGUAUCAUUCGUGAUCUUCACAAGAACGGCAACCUCAAACAUGCUUAUUGUACUGAAACCCGUCCUUAUAACCAAGGCUCUCGUUUGACUGCUUAUGAAUUGGUCUAUGAAGAUAUUCCUGCUACUUUGAUUUGUGACAACAUGGCUUCUGCUUUGUUGAAGCAAAACCCCAAUGUGCAAGCUAUUAUUGUAGGUGCCGAUCGUGUGGCUGCUAAUGGUGAUACAGCCAACAAGAUUGGUACUUACCAACUUGCUAUUACAGCCAAGCAUCAUGGCAUCUUGUUUAUUGUCGCUGCUCCCUCUACCUCAAUUGAUCUCAAGACAAAGACAGGCGAUGACAUUGUGAUUGAACAACGUCCUGCUGAAGAAUUGGUGAUUGUGAAUGGUAUUCGUGUCCAAGACAACGAACCUACUUCUGUCCGUACAGCAGCAGACAAGAUUGGUGUUUGGAAUCCUAGUUUCGAUGUCACACCUGCUCAUUUGAUCUCUGCUAUUGUUACUGAACAAGGUGUUGCUACCAAAAACGGCGAUGUGUAUGAUAUGGCUUCAUUUUUAAAGUAAAAUAAAAAAAAGGCUUUUUAUUUCUUUUUUUAUUUUUCUCAUGUUAUUUAACGGAGACGACGAGCUUCACGUUCAGAUUCCAAAAGACAGAGAAUGUCAUUUUCACGGACAGGACCCUUAACGUUACGGAUGAUGGAACGGUUGGUGUCAUCCAUGAAUUCAACGCGGACUUGAGUAACACCACCACGAGAACCAGUACGGCCAAGAACCUUUGUAACUCUGGCAAGCUUAACGGGAGUCUUUGAGGAGUCCUAUAGAGAAUACAUGUUUAAUACAGUGUUGCUUUGAGUCAUUGCGUAUCAAUCAUGAUG